AUGUGGGUUUCUGUGUCCCGAAAAUCAAACAACAGGGAGAUAUUUGGGGACCUCUUGGAACCCAAUGUAAACCGCCAAUCAAGCUUGAAUGUCAUUAAAGAUUGCCUUAAAGAGAAACUUAUGGUGGGGAAAUGCCUGAUAGUACUCGAUGAUGUGUGGAUUAAUCAUGGCAUCGACGUAGAUGAGUUACUGAAAGAUCUCUUAUCUAUGAGUUUCCAAGGAAGUAAAAUUCUUAUGACUAUGAGGAGUGCUGAAGAUAUUCCUCCGAUGAAGGAUCAUCGAUACAUCAUCUACCAAUUACAAGGUUUACCUGAAGAUGAUUGUUGGUCUAUAAUUAAGGACAUCGCAUUUGGACAUGGAGGUGCGAAGGAGACUCCAAAUCUAAUCAACACGGGGAAGCAAAUUGCAAUAAAAUGUGGAGGUCUUACUCUGGCUGCAAAGACUCUCGGGGGUUUGCUCUACUCUAGAAAUGAUCAAGAAGAAUGGUUAUCUAUCAUGAAUACCCAAAGUUGGGAACUCCCAACAGGCGAAAGUAAGAUCGUCUCUCUAUUGAAGUUAAGUUAUGAUCAUUUGUCACCAUAUGAUGAACGUAGAAACAAAGGGGGGGAUAUCAAGUCAUGCAGAAUGCACGAUCUUGUGCACGAUCUUGCAAUAUCAGUUGCUGGGAAUGUGUCUCUGAUGCUGAAAGUAAGUAGUAAAGAUGAUGAUCCAGAAGUUAUUAUGCCAAUUAAUAAAUUUCGUCACUUGGGGUUACAAGUGAUUGAUAAAGAUGUCUCAGCUAUUCCCUCAGAUAUUUAUAAAGCCUCCAAAUUACACACUUUUGUUUCUUUUCAUGAAGUCCAUGGUAACUGGGUCUGGGUUAAGCAAAUUCUCAACUUGAGUUUACUAAGGGUUUUAAUUCUAAGCAGCACAGGCAUCGAAGAGUUGCCACGAUCCGUUUGCAACUUAAAGCAUCUUAGGUAUCUCGAUCUCUCAUCUAACCCUAUUACGUCUUUCCCUAGUUCUUUCAGUAAACUCUACAAUUUACAGCUUUUGAAGCUCAAAGAGUGUCAUAGAUUAGAAAGGUUUCCCACAAACAUGAGAAACCUGAUCAGUUUGGAAUACUUCAUGUUCAAUGAUAGAGCUAAUAAGUUGACUCAAAUGCCUAGAGGGAUAAGCAGAUUUAGUAAACUCAAAAAAUUAUCAAAAUUUAUUGUGGGAACAGGCGAAGGUUAUGGUAUUGAAGAAUUGAAAGAUCUAAAUCUCCUUGGAGGUAAACUGAUUAUUGAUAAACUGGGAAGAGUAACAGCUGCCAGGCAAGCAAAUUUAAUUGGGAAGAAAAAUAUUGCACGCUUAGAACUGCAUUGGGAUUCACGAACUUGUGAUGAUUUUGAUAGAAACAACAAUGUUAAUGGGGUGUUGGAUGACCUCCAACCUCACCCAAAUCUAAAAAGGUUAACAAUAUCGCAUCUUUGUGGUUCAAAGCUCCCAGCAUGGAUGAGUACUCCCAUGCAUCUUCAAAAUUUGGUAUAUAUCGCCCUAGUUGGUUGUGAUAAUUGUGAACGCCUUCCUGCACUUGGACGACUACAAUCUCUUAGAUAUCUUUCUAUGGAAUGUAUGGAUGCUAUCAAUAAAAUUGGUACUGAAUUCUAUCAAAGUAAUGGAGAUGCAUCAUUCCCUUCUUUGGUAGAGCUUUAUUUAGUUCAUUUUGAAAAUUUAGAAGAAUGGUUGGCAGACCAGCGGUCGACAUCAACAUCUAGUUUCUCUUGCCUUGAAACGUUCGAGAUCUCUGGUUGCUCAAAGUUAUCAACCACACCAACAACAUUUCCAUCUCUCAAAAACUUAGUUUUUGAAAUUCAACUCCUAGAUGAUCACAGCUUGAAGUCUAUACCUUUAAAACUGCUGAGUGGGGCCAACAGCGUUCUUCAGGCUUUACUUGUCAGUGAUUGUGAUGCGUUUGUAGGCUUUCUUCCGGACGAUGAGCAGCAGCAACGUUAUCAACCUGAUCAACUUUCUAACGACUUCCUUUACAAGAUUGAAAUUUUGAGAUGCCAUUCUUUAAAGGUAUUGCCUGCAGACUUCAGGGGAUUGAAUUCCCUUACCUAUUUAGCUAUUGAAUGGUGUGGAAGUCUUCAAUCAUUGCCAGAUAGUAUACAAUACCUCCCGGCACUUCAGACGCUGAUAAUUGGUGGGUUUUCAGAAGAUUAA